AAGUGCUGCGUGUCUCUCUGACACAGGAAAAUGAGUGGGGCUUCAGAGGAUGUUAAAAGGGAGUGAGCGACGGGGCAGGAGGAUGCAGUCUAGUGAAGUCGUCCACUGCUCUGCAUACCUCAACAACCUGGGCAAGUUGUAGGAAUGGACAUGAGCCUCCGCUGGCAAGUGAUCCUCUUUUUAUUAGAAUUGCUCUGCUUUAUGACUUUGCUUGCUGAACGGCAGAACAGAUGUGACAAAAUAGUUACCAUAACAACAAAGACGAAUUGCAAAUCCUGUAUUUUAAAUAAUCAGAUCAGUUGUCCUCCUGGGUACCGUAAACUGACAAAAGAAUCUGGGAAUAAAGACUGCAGAUAUUUAUUAAGCGUGAACAACAUAUCGUUGUCACUUCCUGGCUGCAGCCACGAGUGUGCAAAAGAUUUCCUCGACCCUGUUUGCUGUUUUGGAUAUUGGGGACAAGACUGUAUGGAGUGCCCUGGAGGAGCUUCUGUACCUUGUAGUAAUAAUGGGAACUGUUCAGAUGGAAUUUCAGGCAAUGGGACCUGCACCUGUCUGCCAGGUUUUGGAGGGACUGCCUGUGAAAAUUGUGCAGACGACAACUUGUAUGGUCCCAACUGCACUUCUGUGUGCGAGUGUGUGCAUGGGAUGUGCGACAAUGGAAUAAGGGGCAGUGGACUGUGCACCUGCUUUUCUGGUUAUACUGGACCAAAAUGUGAUCAAGAAAUUCCAGAAUGUGCUAAUUUGAAAUGCCCGAUGAAUGCCCGUUGUACUGAAGAAAUAGGAAGUGAAAAACUAGUAUGCAAGUGUCUACCUAAUCACGAAGGAGAUUCCAGAAAAUGUACCCCAAUAAAUCCUUGUUUGAAGCAAGUCUGCCACCCAAAUGCUGACUGCACACACACUGGCCCAAAUCAACACCGGUGUACCUGCCAUCUGGGCUACAGAGGAGAUGGGCAGAUCUGCAUGCCAGUAGAUCCCUGCCAAGACAGCUUUGGAGGAUGUCCACCAGAUUCAACGGUCUGUGUAUAUGACGGCCCCGGAAAGUCUCAUUGCCAGUGCAAAGAGGGUUUUGAAAGUCGAGUUCCUGGAAGCGGAUGCAGCCUGACUGAUGUCUGCAAGACUAAUAACACUUGCAGUAAAAAUGCCGUUUGCACAACCACAGGACCAGGUACCACAGACUGCACAUGUAAUGAAGGGUUUGUAGGUAAUGGCAUUACUUGCUAUGGAAAUAUCAUGGCUCGUUUACAGGAACUCAACACUGAGGCAGAUGGGAAAUGGACUGGACAGUUGUCCAAUGCCAUAUCACUUUUUGAUUCAUCCUUGAGCUGGAGAUUAACAAGCCAGGGACCUUUCACCAUAUUUGUUCCCGUUAAUAAGGGAUUUAAGGGAGUAUCGUUGAAAUCACUGCUGGCUGAUAAACUCAACACUCGGUACCUUGCAAAGUUGCAUAUAACUGCUGGGGAGAUUAACACAGAGAUGCUGAAGAAAUUGGACAUUUAUUACACCCUCACGGGGAAGUCUGGAGAGCCUGUCAAUGAUGAAGAUCAGCAAUUGAAAAUUAGGAUUCAUGGAAGUAAAAAGAAAGGAAGCAUUCUACAAGGGGAUAUUGUGGCGUCCAAUGGCCUGAUUCACAUUAUCAACAAACUCAUGGAAAAAGUGGAAGCCACUGUUGAAAGUAACACAAAGGAAAACCUGCUAAAGAUUCUAGAAGACAACGGAAAAUUUAACCGAUUCAGAUCACUUUUGAUGAAAUCCAAUAUUGCUGAUCUCCUGGAAGGGCCUGGACCUUACACUAUUUUUGCACCCACUAACAAAGCUUUUGAGACUUUAACAGAAGAUGUGUUGGAUUAUUUGCAAAGCCCGGAGGGAUCUUACAAGCUUUUAGAACUUCUACGAAAUCACAUCGUACCUUCAGUUGAGCUUGAUGUCACCAGCAUAGUCACAUCUCCUCAGACAACGACAAUAGCGAACCAGGUUUUAACAUUCAACGUUACAAGCAGUGGUCAAAUACUUGUUAAUGGGGAGAUUAUCCUUGAGGCUGAUGUCGAAGCCAAUAAUGGCCGUCUUUAUUCACUUGACGGUGUCCUCAUCCCAUCUUCAGUUGUUCCCAUCCUACCUCACCGAUGCGAUGUUCAAGUGACUACGUUGAAAAUGAGCACUUGUGUGAGUUGUGCAACGGUCACCCGUACCUCCUGUCCAUCAGGCAUACCAACAAAUAGCUUUAGGAGAGGCUGUUCAUACACUAUGAAACUCUUAGGAGUGUCUGUUCCAGCCACUGGAUGUGCCAAGUAUUGCAAUGACACAAGAACGAUUCAAAAAUGCUGCGAUGGGUUUUACGGUGAGGACUGCAGUCCGUGCCCAGGUGGAUUCAACAACUCUUGCUCUGGAAAUGGUCAGUGCAUAGAUGGUAUUAGUGGCAAUGGUACGUGCAUAUGUGCGGAAAAUUUCAGAGGAUCUCGUUGCCAGUACUGUUCUAGUCCCGUCAAAUAUGGACCAAAAUGUGAUAAACCUUGCCCUUGUAUUCACGGUGAAUGUGAUAAUCGUCCAGACAGUCUUGGUGCUUGCAAAGAAGGGACAUGCCUGCCUGAAUAUACAGGCAAAUUCUGUGAAAGACAUAUUAGACCCUGUGGAGCUCAAAUCCAGUUUUGCCAUGCACAUGCAAAUUGUGAUUUUAACAAUGGGGCAGUGAGCUGCGUUUGUAAACCUGGCUAUCGGGGAGAUGGAGUAAUCUGUGAGGAGAUCGACCCCUGUUCACGAACCGACCCAGCAGUCUGUGGGGCUAAUGCAAAGUGCAUUAAAACAGGCCCUGCCACACAUACCUGCCAGUGCCUGACUGGAUGGCAAAAAGAUGGAGAUGAAUGUGUGGAAAUCAAUAAUUGCUUGCUGCCAAACAGAGGAGGAUGCCAUGAAAAUGCAAAUUGCAUCUACAUAGGCCCUGCUCAGAGUGAUUGUGCAUGUAAAACUGGCUAUCGUGGAAAUGGGAUUGACUGUACACCCAUAAACCCGUGUGUGGAGCAAAGCGGUGAAUGUCAUAUCCUGGCAUCUUGUCAGUUUAUGUUUCCGGGCGUAUGGAACUGUGUCUGCUUGGAAGGUUAUGAGGGAGAUGGGAAAAUUUGCUAUGGAAGUGCAGCCUCAGGCCUCUCUACUCUGUCUGAUGCAACCAAAUAUUUCAAAUGGGUUAAUGAUGCCCAGCUUUACCAGCUAUUCUCAGAGAGCUCCAAUUUCACUGUGCUGGUCCCCUCCAUGAGCGCCAUUGACAAUAUGAGCAGUGAUGAGAGAGACUUUUGGACAACCAAGGAAAAUCUUCCCAGCAUUAUAAAGGCUCACCUCCUGGAUGGUGUGUACAGGAUGAACGAUCUGACAAACCUCUCAUCAUUGUCUUUUCUGCCAACUAAACUGAGAAACUACUCUGUCCGUGUGACAAACAAAAUUGAGACAGUAGUAAUUGAAGAUGCCGCCAUCUCUGCCUCUGAUAUAGCAGCCACCAACGGUGUAAUCCACAUAAUUGAUAAGGUGUUGAUCCCAGAUCACAAAUACAGUGAAGCCUUACCCGAUCUCCUCACCAAGCUGGGACAAAUGCCUGAAUGCUCCAUUUUCCGAGGCUACCUUAUACAAUACAGCCUCAUGAAAGACAUUGAGGGAUCAGAUGGCUACACCUUGUUUGUUCCAAGCAAUAGUGCCAUUGAACUUUACCUGAAGCAAAAAGGGACUACAUCUCUGGAAGAGAACCAAAUACGAUACCACAUUGUCCUCUCACAAAAGUUUUUGGAGCAGGAUUUACACGAUGGCAUGCAUGAAGGGACCAUGCUGGGGUUUUCAUAUCAAGUUGGGUUUUUUCUCCAAAACUCUCAGCUAUUUGUGAAUACAGCUCAAGUUAACUUUACAAAUCAGUUGGUCAGGAACGGAGUGAUUCAUGGACUGAUGAAUGUACUGGACGUGCAGAAGAAUAGAUGUGACAAAAACAUCUCUUCCCCCGCUGAGGCAAAAUGUACAUUCUGCCACUCCCUGGCUUCUUGCCCCUUUGGGACCGCACCUGUGGUCGGAAAAAAAGUUCAUUGUACAUUUAGCCGGUAUGUCUUGGGAAGAAGAUUCCUCUAUUUUGGUUGUAAACCAGUCUGUCGCAACACAGUCAUAAUUAAAACCUGUUGUGAAGGCUUCUUCGGAUCCCAGUGUGAGCCUUGUCCUGGAUCCACAGGAAAGCCCUGUUUCGGGAAUGGCAUUUGUCAGGAUGGCCAGAAUGGCACUGGGAUAUGCCAGUGUGAUAAGGGUUUCAAUGGGACAGCUUGUGAGACCUGUGUGGAUGGGAAAUAUGGAUCCCACUGUGAUCAAGAUUGCUCCUGUGUCCACGGAAUGUGCAAGGAAGGCCCAAGUGGUGAUGGCUCCUGCGAAUGUGAUGUAGGAUGGAGAGGUGUCAACUGCGACAUCAAGAUUACUGAAGAUUCAUGCAAUAAUACCUGCCACACAAGUGCUAAUUGUCUCACCAGUGAUGGUACAUCUUACUGUAAGUGUGCUGCCGGAUUUCAGGGGAAUGGUACCUACUGUACAGCUGUGGAUGCGUGUGCCAGUAAUAAUGGAAGCUGUUCAUCUCAAGCAGUAUGUAAGAGGACUACUCCAGGGAAACGUUCUUGUCUUUGUAAUGCAGGAUACACAGGAGAUGGGGUCAUCUGCCUGGAAAUCAAUCCCUGUUUACAAGACAAUGGUGGAUGUCACGCGAAUGCAGAAUGCACUCACACUGGACCCAAUCAGAGUGCCUGUAAUUGCCUCCCUGGUUAUUCAGGAGAUGGGAAAUCCUGUAAAUCUAUCAACCUUUGUUUGAAGAAAAAUGGAGGUUGCAGUGAAUCUGCACUCUGCACUCAUAUUGGACCAGGAGAAAGAAACUGCACCUGCCACUCAGGAUACGUUGGCAAUGGACUGAAGUGUCGAGGCUCCCUGUCUGCGGAGCUUCUAAGUCCCAGUACUUCCCACUUCUUGCUCAAACUCAAGGGAAGUAUGGUUAAGGACUUGUCAGGCGAAGGUCCAUUCACCGUCUUCAUUCCCACUGCUGAUGCCUUUAGAACCAGUCUGCUUGUCAAGCAGUGGGCAGCUAAAGGGCUGCUGUCUCAGGUUCUCCGCUAUCACAUUGUUGGAUGCAUGCAGCUUGACAUCAGUGACCUUAUCACGCCCAUUAACAUCACCACACUCCAAGGAGAAAUGAUACAAAUCUCUUAUUCCCAGGGUUUCACAUAUUUGAAUAAGGAUGCCAAGAUACUGUUAACUGAAGCACCCUGUUCCAAUGGCAUCAUCCACAUAAUAGACAAAAUGUUGGAACCUGAACAUUUUCAGUCAAUGCCAACAACCAGCUAUGGAAGUAUCACACAGGAUAAUUUAACUACAGUGGCAGAAAACCAUGGAUAUAAAAAAUUUAUAAAGUUACUGCAGGAUACAGACGUGCUGACCCUCAUAAACAACCCCAUACAUCAGCCUGUCACCCUAUUUUGGCCCACAGACAGCGCAAUGAUGGCUCUCCCUAAAGAGCAACAGGAUUUUCUCUUCAACAAAGAUAAUAAGGCAAAAUUAGAAGAAUAUCUGAAGUAUCACGUCAUCAGGGAUGGGAAGAUUUUUGCUGCUGAUCUUCCCUAUACAAAAGCUUUAAAGACAAUGCAAGGGUCAGAUCUCAGUGUCAGCUGUGGAGCUAAAGACGGCAUUGGUGUACUGUUCCUAAAUGAUCAGAAAUGUCGAAUUGUCCAGAGGCAGUUGGAGUUCACUGGAGGAAUCGCACACGGCAUCGACUGCAUGCUGGUGCCUCCCAGUGUGGGGGGCCGCUGUGAUAUUAUGAGCACUCUCGAACUUUGGGGUGAUUGUGGGUACUGCUAUAAUGUGCCAAAGUGUCCUGGGAACUUUAAACCACAGAUCACAAAGGAGCAAUGCACCUAUAUGCCAUCUUUGAGGAAGAACAUUAAAGGCUGUCGAAAUAAGUGUGCCCAAGUCUUCUGGAGAUCAAAAUGUUGUUCCAAUUAUUUUGGCAAGGAUUGCCAAGCCUGCCCCGGAGGCCCAGAAUCACCUUGUAGCAACCAUGGAGUAUGUGAUGAUGGACAAAUGGGGACCGGGGAGUGCAAGUGUCAGCCAGAGUACCACGGUACAGCUUGUGAGCUCUGUCAGCCCGGGCGAUACGGCCCUGAAUGUCGUGUGUGUAACUGUACAGAGCAUGGAUCCUGUGAAGAAGGAAUAAUGGGAAGCGGAUCAUGUUUUUGUGAAAAUGGUUGGACUGGGACAUUCUGUGAGACUCCACUAGCCGUGACUCCAGUUUGCUCACCACUCUGCUCCACCAAUGCUGUGUGCAAGGAAAACAAUACCUGUGAAUGCAAGCCACUGUAUGAAGGCGAUGGAAUAAGAUGCAAAGUGGUAAACCUGUGCAUGCAGAUGAAUGGAGGGUGUCCCUCAACAUCAAAGUGUACUCAGAAGGGCCUAAAUGUGACCUGUACCUGUCCUUCAGGAUUUUCUGGUGAUGGUUAUAUCUGCACUUCAAUUGAUCCUUGCAUAAAUGACAAUGGAGGAUGCCAUGAACAUGCCAUUUGCACUGCCAUUGGCCCGAAUAGGAAGAAAUGUGAGUGCAAAACUGGCUACAUUGGAGAUGGAGUGGAGUGCUCAGUGAGAGAGCUGCCUAUCAACCGCUGUUCACAAGAUCACGGGCAGUGUCAUGUCAACGCUGACUGCACAGACCUACACUUUGAAGAUAGCAAGGCAGGAGUCUUCCAUAUUCGAUCCCCUAAAGGAACAUAUAAAUUAACAUAUGUGGAUGCUGAGCAGGCCUGCAAGCAGGAGGGGGCGGUGAUCGCCACUUACAAUCAGCUGUCCUACGCUCAGGAGGCUGGCUUUCACAUGUGUGUGGCAGGAUGGCUUUCCAGUGAAAGAGUGGCAUACCCUACCACUUACUCAAACCGUAACUGUGGCUUCGGUCACGUGGGCAUUGUAGACUACGGCACUCGAACCAAUCUUAGUGAAACAUGGGAUGUGUUUUGCUACCGGAUGAAGGACAUUCAGUGUACAUGUAAGGCUGGUUAUAUUGGAAAUGGCUAUUCAUGCAGUGGAAAUCUUCUGCAGGUCCUCACAGAAAAUCCAUUUUUGUCUAAUUUCUUGAGUCAAAUUCUAAAGUACAGUGACCACUCUGAGCGUGGUAAAGAGUUUGUGGAUCACCUAAGUAACCUGACAGUCCACGCUACAUUCUUCGUACCAGACAACAAUGCACUCAGUGAGAAUGAGACCCUUUCUGAACAAGACAUCGAAUAUCACCUCUCGACUACAGAACUUUUGUACUUUGGCGAUUUAUCUGAUGGAAAAGUGAUCACAAGCUGGCUAGGAGACAGGCUUUUCAUUACAGUUGGUAACCACUGUGAGAGCUCCGUUAUAGAGACCACCAAUGCCUAUGUGAACCAGCGGUGUAUCAUCGAAUGGGACAUCUCAGCAUCAAAUGGAGUAAUUCACAUCAUUGAGGAGCCGCUCAGAGCCCCAAAGCCACAGUUUGAAUUUCACACAGGCCACAAAGCUGGUAUGGGCGUGGGUGUUUUACUCCUUGUGGUACUGAUCAGUCUGGUGGCAUUCAUAAGUUAUUAUUAUUACUCACGAAGAACCAAGCCCUUCCAGUUUCAUUACUUUAAGUCAGACGAAGGAGAUGACAUAGCACCAAUAGAAUACAUCAACCCAAAUAUCUGUAACCCUAUUUAUGAUGCGGGGAGCCCUGCAGACAACGGCAUUGAUAUAUUUGCAGACAAACACCAAGUGGUAAGCAGCGGGCCAUAUGAUCUUUCUCAGUAAUGGAGAACGCCUCAGAAAACGAUGUGCUGCAAAAGGGAACUGCAGCUUGUAAAGCUUGGGGAUGAGACACCACCUACCUAACAGCAACUGUGAAGAGAAUCAGUAGUAGACACUCACCAGAGAAGUCCACUCUGAAGAUUUUUUUUAAAUGUUGUAUAUUUAAAAAAAUGUGAUUUAAAUUUUUUUUUUUACACAAUUUAAAAAAUACAAUGCAAAUAUUAAUAAAUAUUUUUAAAAAUCAAA